AUGGCUGCCAAGAAACUUUUCCCACCUGGACAGCCCAGGGAUCGUCACUAUCUACUUGAAGGGGUUGGGCAAGUGUCCAAUGUACCAGCCUGGCAAGAGGGUCUGGAGCUGGAAGUGCUGAGCAAUGUGGACCUUGAUGGACCAAAGUUCCUGUCAGGGAAAUAUGAGGUCAGCUUUGUGAAGAAUAUAGAAAAGAAAACCAGGGCAUGUGUUGAGAGCCUAAAUUAUGAUGACUGGGAGAGUGCUGUGUUUCUGGAGCAUGAGAAGAUGUUGACACAUGGCUACCAGAUCAGACUGGCAGUGUUUAAAUGGCUGCUCAUGGGCCUGGUUGGAGUCAGCACUGCCAUUGUGGGAGCCAUUGCUCACAUGCUCAUACAUACCAUUGUGGAUUUCAAGUUCUCUCUCAUCAAAACAUAUGUUGAUUUCUGUAUGGUGGAUCAAUGUAUGUUCUGGCUUCCUCCCCUGAUAUGGAUCCUGUUCAACUGCACAUUUGUUUUUGUUGCCAGCUGGUUCACAACCUUUGUAGAGCCUGCCACCAGUGGAAGUGGGAUCCCUCCAGUCAAGUGUUACCUGAAUGGAAUCAAGAUGCCUGGUUUUGUUAGAAUCAGGACCCUUUUCAUCAAAGUUCUGGGGAUUGUUUGUUCAGUUUCUGGAGGCUUGGCUGUUGGAAAGGAAGGACCAAUGAUACAUACAGGAGCGAUAGUAGCAUCAGGGAUAGCCCAAGGGCUGGGAAUGCGCAGAGGGUCACUUAAGGGAUAUAUGGACUCUCUAAGAGAUGAUAAGAACAGAAGAGAAUUUGUGGCUGCAGGUGGAGCAGCUGGAGUGGCAUCUGCUUUUGGAACUCCACUGGGAGGGGUACUAUUCAGCAUUGAGGAAGGUAUCAGCUGGUGGAACCCCACCUUGGUGUGGCAGAUAUUUUUGUGUGCUAUGCUGGCUGCCUUAUUUCUCCAUAACCUUCUGUCACUAUACAUCACCAAAAAAUGGCAAAAGGUGAUGGAGGCUGUUGGAGUGGCUGCUGUCACAGCCUUGGUAGGAUAUGGACUGUCCUACUCUGUUAACAUAUGUUACACCAGUCAGCAACCUGCAGACAAUUUUGUACCAAGUGUGGGGAAGUUGAAUAGUGAAAAUGGGUCUGCAUCAGUGCCAGAGAAUCUGGUCAAGUUGGAUGACUUGACCUCAGGACAUGCUUCACCUUAUGCACAGAUGUUUUGUCCAAAUGGUUCUUACAAUGCCAUUGCAGCCAUGUUUUUCCAGAGUGCUGAAGAAAAUGUCAAUCAUUGGCAGCAUGGACAUAUGGGCUCUCAAUUCCAAGUGGGCUCUUCAUUCCUUCCCUCCUCACUGGUGCAAUCUGGGGGAGAUUUGUUGGAGCUGGGACAUGGUAAAAUGUUCUUCCCAGGCAAGUACUCCCUAAUAGGAGCUGCAGCUCAUCUUGGAGGAGUUGUGAGGAUGACUCUUUCCUUGACUUUAAUUUUGGUGGAAGCUACUUCAAAUGUCAAGUUUGGACUUCCUAUCAUGUUGACAUUGAUGGUAGCAAAGAUUGUUGGUGACCACUUCAAUAAAGGCAUAUAUGAUUUGCACAUAGAAUUGGAGGGGGUCCCAGUGCUGAAUUGGAGUCCUCCAGCCCUUUUGCAUUGUGUGAAGUCUAGACAUGUGAUGAGCAAACCUGUAGUCACUUUGCCUCCUGUGGUGAAAUUGAGCAACUUGGUUGAAACACUUGCCACUUGUUCACACCAUGGGUUUCCUGUUGUGGAACCAGGAACAAAGGGUUUAUUUGGAAAGUUCUUGGGACUGAUCAGCUGGAGUCAGUUGCUGGUUCUCAUGCAGAAAAAGGCCUUCAGGGAGGUUAUGGAGGAAGGUGCCCAUUUGCCCUUGUCUGUCUUCAAAGAUGCCUAUCCUUGUCAUGGAACAGUUGAUGUGGGUUAUGCUUUCAAAGAUUUUUGGAGGCAUUUUUCUCAUGUCUUCAUUUCAUUUCAGAAAAGAAUGUUCAGCUCAAAAGAACUGAGCUACACUUUGGACCUGCAGCCUUACUUGAACCCUGCUCCUAAUACUGUUAGCCCAGAGGAAUCAUUUCCAAGGGCUUAUCAACUGUUCAGAGGCCUUGGUCUCAGGCAUUUGGUUGUGAUUGAUUCAUCUCAAGUGGUUGGGAUGAUCACCAGAAAAGAUCUUGCAAGAGUGACACCUAGGAUGGACAAAGGCAAUGCCCCAGUCCCAAAGAAGCAGAGUGUUGUUUCAAUCAACCAUGAAAACUCCAAGGAGUCUUCAGAAACAAAUCCUCUGGCAAACUCUGCUGUAUAA